UCACGUUGGCCCGCCCAUUCAACGUUAAUCUGAAAUGUCUAUAGGUCCGGAGUGUGUAUGUGUGUGCAGUUGAACAGUUUCGAAGGAGAAAAGCAGAAUAGCAGACACACCUAAACGGAGAAGUGAUCUGGAGACGCACUAAUGAGGCUCAAAACCACUUUGUCCUUUUAAUUAUUAAACUAGUCCAGUUGGAGAAGUAGCGUCGGGAUCGAGUUUAGAUCGGUGUGUGGACCCAGGUCUGUCUCUGUCUCUGGGCAGGAGUGUGAUGGCUGAGCCGGACUAUCUGGAGGGGGACUGUGAGGAGCUGAUCAAACCCAAGAAGCUGUUGAACCCAGUCAAGGGCUCCAGAAACCACCAGGACCUCCAUCGAGAACUCAUGAUGAACCAAAAGAGGGGCCUGGCUCCCCAGAACAAACCGGAGCUCCAGAAGGUUCUGGAGAAGAGGAAGAGAGAGCAAGUUCUCAAGGCUCAGAGGGAGGAGCAGGAGGCCCACACCAAGAGGAGCGACCUGGAGAUUGAACUCAUGAAGAGACAACAGAAACUAGAACAGCUUGAGCUGGACCAGCAGAAGGAUGAGGAGGAGCAGGAGAACACCCCUGAGUUUGUGAAGAUGAAGAGCAACCUGAGAAGGACCAAGCAGGAGGCCGAUGGGGAUGAACUUACCACUUAGGGAGCCAC